CAAUGGGUGCUGAACAGUCAAGGACAUCUGAUGACCGAAUUUUCUCCAGUGGCCGCUCUGUUUCUUUUUCCCCAGACCUCGUGAAUCACCUUGAAGACAACCUUUCCUCGCCCACACCUUCCGCAGACCGCCAAGACACCCUCGAUGCUCACGUUAGGGCCCGGAUACAAGCUGAGCUAGAAAGGCUGCAGGCUGAGGAAGAAUUAGUCCGCGAGCAGAUUGAAGCCGCACUCGAGAAGGAGAACCUCGACAAAGAAACAUCCCUCUCUCAGGGAAGUGGAAGUGAUGAUGGUCAGAUUGUGAAGAGUGUUUCUAGUACUGCCACUCUCCAGGGCGAUUUGGAAGAAUUCAGAAGAAAAUCGCUUGACGAGUAUCCCGACGUCAAAGCUGCUCAAACACACGUCCUAGAAUGCUACCAAUCGAAUCCUUCAACACCGCUGAAUUGCGUAGAUGCAGUAAAACAAUUCAAGGACACAGUAGUUCAGGCUGAAAAGAAAUUUGUAGAAUCAUUACGGUGACUUUCGCCCAAUAGAUUGUCUCGCCCUGUC